AAAACCCUAUAAAUUUGCUUGUUGGUGAUGACUUUGUGAUCUGCCAAACAAAUUAAAUACACAUAUAUACAAAGAAUCACUAAAUAUACCUUAUAUAUACAUAUGUCAAUCAUCCUCUGGAGUUUUUUCCUGUUCUUUACCAUUAUCUUAAGUUCCCUCACAAAUAUAACAACAUUGGCUUCUUUUUCAUCUCUUCACGCAGAUGAAUUGAAUGCACUAAAGGAGAUAGCUACUACACUUGGUAUAAAGAGAUUGAACCUAAGGGAUGAAGAUCCUUGCAGUUCAAAAACUCUAAAGAUCAUACAAGAAGUUGAUUUUGUUCCGAAUCUAGAUAUCAACAACACCAUUGGUUGUGAUUGUAGCUUCAACAACAACACGAUAUGUCGUAUUACAGAACUAGCUCUCAAGACCAUGAGUCUUCGAGGGAAACUUCCACCUGAAUUGACCAAGCUUCCAUAUCUCAAAUCGAUCGAAUUAUGCCGGAACUACCUCUCAGGAACAAUUCCAAUGGAGUGGGCUAAAAUGGCAUACCUCACUAGCAUCUCGGUCUGCGCGAAUAAUUUGUCUGGAAACUUACCAGCUGGAUUACAAAACUUCAAGAAUCUGACAUUCCUAGGAGUUGAAGGCAACCAGUUCUCUGGUCCCAUUCCUGAUGAGCUUGGUAACUUGACCAGUCUAACAGGACUGGAACUUGCGUCUAAUAAAUUUACAGGAAUCCUUCCCGGCACUCUUGCUAGACUGGUAAACCUUGAAAGAGUAAGGAUAUGUGACAAUAACUUUACUGGUAUCAUCCCAGCAUAUAUUGGCAACUGGACUCGGCUUCAAAAGCUACAUCUUUAUGCAAGUGGACUGACAGGACCUAUCCCUGAUGCAGUGGUCCGCCUAGAAAAUCUUCUUGAAUUGAGUCUUAGUGAUACGACUGGGAUAAAAUCCUUUCCGAAUUUAUCUAGCAAAGGCCUCAAACGCCUGAUUUUGAGGAAUGUGGGUUUGUCUGGUCCAAUUCCUUCUUACAUCUGGAAUUUGACAGACCUAAAGAUUCUUGAUUUGUCAUUUAACAAAUUGAAUGGUAUAGUUCAAGGAGUUCAAAACCCACCAAAGAAUAUUUAUUUGACUGGCAAUUUGCUUUCUGGAAACAUUGAAUCUGGUGGUUUACUCAACAGCCAAUCUUAUAUUGAUCUCUCUUAUAACAAUUUUUCAUGGUCGUCUAGCUGUCAAAAGGGCAGUACCAUUAACACAUACCAGAGCUCAUAUUCGAAGAACAAUUUAACUGGGCUUCCUCCAUGCGCUGUGCCAGCCAACUGCAAGAAAUAUCAGCGAUUUCUACAUAUAAACUGUGGUGGAGAAGAAGUAUCUAUUAGAAACUCCUUGGGUAAAAUAACGUAUCAAACUGAUAACAGUCGUCAAACCAACGCUGCAUCAAAUCAGCAGUUCGAUUAUUGGGGAGUCAGUAACACAGGUGACUUUACCGAUGAUAAUAGUGAUCAUGAUGAGUACUACACGUCAACUAAUUUAACCCUGUCUGGAGACUAUCCUGAUCUUUAUAAGACUGCACGUCGAUCUGCUCUAUCUCUUGUUUAUUAUGCAUUCUGCUUGGAAAAUGGAAACUACAAUGUGAAACUACAUUUUAUGGAGAUUCAGUUUUCUGACAAAGAAGUAUACAGCCGUCUUGGCAGACGCAUAUUUGAUGUCUAUGUUCAGGGAAAAUUAUUCUUGAGGGAUUUUAACAUCAACAAGGAGGCUAAUGGAAAUAUGAAGCCUGUUAUUAAAGAAAUAAACGCGACUGUGACCAAUCAUAUGUUGGAGAUUCGGUUGUAUUGGGCGGGGAAAGGGACAACCCUCAUUCCUAAAAGAGGAAAUUAUGGUCCUCUUAUCUCUGCUAUCUCCUUGUGUCACAGUCAGGAGCCACUAUGUGGAGUGGAGAAAACAAAACAUCACAUUAAGUAUCCCCUAAUUUUGGGGGCUUCGGGUGCCUUGGUAACAAUUGUUCUAUUGGCUGUGGGAAUAUAUGCUCGGGGAAUAUACAGAAGAGACAAUAAUAGGAGAGAACGAGAUUUGAGAGCCCAGGGUCUACAAACUGUUUGCUUUUCUUGGAGGCAACUGCAAACAGCAACAAACAAUUUUGAUCAGGCCAACAAACUUGGAGAAGGAGGCUUCGGAUCCGUAUUCAAAGGAGAGCUGUCGGAUGGAACUAUCAUAGCAGUCAAGCAGCUUUCUUCCAAGUCAAGUCAAGGAAACCGCGAGUUUGUGAAUGAGAUAGGCAUGAUUUCAGGUCUGAACCAUCCUAACCUUGUCAAGCUUUAUGGAUGCUGUGUCGAGAGAGAUCAAUUGCUGCUCGUGUAUGAGUACAUGGAAAAUAACUCCCUUGCUCUUGCUUUGUUUGGACAAAACUCCUUGAAAUUGGACUGGGCAGCAAGACAAAAAAUAUGUGUUGGAAUCGCAAGAGGGCUUGAAUUCCUCCACGAUGGAUCAGCGAUGAGAAUGGUUCACCGUGACAUAAAAACCACUAAUGUGCUUCUAGACACCGACCUUAAUGCAAAAAUAUCUGACUUUGGAUUAGCUAGGCUUCAUGAAGCAGAACACACUCACAUUAGCACCAAGGUUGCAGGAACCAUCGGAUAUAUGGCUCCAGAAUAUGCAUUAUGGGGUCAACUGACAGAGAAAGCAGAUGUGUACAGCUUCGGAGUUGUGGCAAUGGAAAUUGUUAGUGGAAAGAGUAAUACCAAACAGCAGGGAAAUGCUGAUAGCGUCUCGCUUAUCAAUUGGGCGCUGACGCUGCAACAGACAGGGGACAUACUGGAGAUUGUAGAUCGAAUGCUUGAGGGUGAGUUCAAUAGAAGUGAAGCCGUGAGGAUGAUCAAAGUUGCUCUCGUUUGCACAAACUCAUCUCCUUCCUUAAGGCCAACAAUGUCAGAGGCUGUGAAGAUGCUAGAGGGAGAGAUCGAAAUAACACAGGUUAUGUCAGAUCCUGGUAUAUAUGGGCACGACUGGAGCAUCUCAAAGCUGAGGGACAUUGAUACGCAUAGUAGCUCGAGCACGUCUGGUGUGACCGAUCAGACGACAACAACAAUGAAAUCCUCUGUUUCUGGUUGUGAUCUCUAUCCGUUAUACCCUGAAUCCAUGAUCUUAAACUCCACAGUAGAGAAUUCUUCCUCGUCACUGUAAUAUCAAAAGCUAUGAUACAUUGCCUACUUAAUGAGAGGCUAGUGAGGUUAUCCGAAAGUUAACUACGUAGUUAUAUCAUUAAAGUUGUCUGGAACCUUACCAUCAUCUCAAUUUACAUACAUCCAAAACACACAUGUAUCGCUAGUGCUUUUUGAAUCAAACUAUCUUUUUCUCACUACGAUUGAACUCAUACACAUCGAUUUACUUGGGAGACAUCAAAUGGACAUGAAAGCGU